UAAAAUCCCGAUAGAUGAUUAGCACUGUAAAUAAAUCGAAGUAUUUUCAACAAUUUUCUGGCGAAAAUAAUUGGAAAUAGCGAAUACAACAGCAGCCAAAACCGGACGCGCUGGUGGCCCGGGCCCAGCGGCUAGUCGUGUGCAAUGGCAGAAGCCAGCGGACGCUGGCUGGAGUGAACUGAACAGCCAAAACGGCACCCAGUGAUAUAUGGCCAAAAAUUUGCAUAAAAAGUGAGCGAUUAAAAUGCAGAAAAUGUACGCGUUGCUCGCAACCUUGACAUUCUGGUCGCUAAUGCUGCGGUCGGAACAGGCAAACCCGACGCCGUCGGUGCCGUGCGAUCGCAGCCGGAAGGUGUUCACAGAGCCCUACGGCGAGAUCUCCGAUGGACCCUCCGGCUUCAAUUACACCCAGGACUCGCACUGCGAGUGGCUCAUCAAGGCGCGUAACGACAGCCAGUUCAUCACGCUGACCUUCCACAGCAUGGGCACCGAGUGCUCCUACGACUACAUCUACGUCUACGACGGGGACUCCUUCAACUCGACCCUGCUGGGCAGCUUCAGCGGGCGGACGCAGCCCCAGCGACUAGUGGCCCGCAGCGGCAGCAUGCUUAUCCUGAUGUACAGCGAUACAAACUACGUCCUAGAUGGCUUUCGCGCCUCCUACUACAUAUCAAACUGUCUAAACAACUGCCACAAUCAUGGAAAGUGCGUGGGCCACCAGUGCGUAUGCCACGGCGAGUGGGUGGGACCUGACUGCGAGGAUGAGGCCUGUCCGCAUCGCUGUGGCGAAAGUCAAGGACGAGGUCGCUGCCAGAAGAGCAUCUGUCACUGCUCACGCGGGUUCAGCGGCCGCCUCUGCGAUCUGAGCGAUCAUCCAGCGGGCAGCAGUUGGCGCUGGCUGGCCACCGACGCCGAGGGCAUGACUCCCCGUGCCGCCCACACCGCCGUUUACAUGGAGGACGAGGACGCUCUUUACGUGUUCGGGGGUUACGACCUGAACAACGUUAUUAGCACUCUUCAGAUUUAUCGCUUCAGCACCAGCCAGUGGGAGGAUGAAUGGGGCAUUGCCCUGCAGAGUCGCCGUCACUUCUAUCACCCGCAAAAAAUCGAUCAUACGUUGCUAAAGGCUGUGCUUCAGCACAAAAACGAGGACGAGGCCAAGCUCUGGGGUCUGAACAGCGACGUGAGCUUUUUCAGAAACAUUCUGUACACCUUGGCGGAAUCCAAUCUGCACCAACGUCGCACGCGGUCCUCCCUUCCCCUUACCAUUGUGAACGCCAACUCGACGGACGAAGAGUUAAACGAGUAUCUGGAGGAUAUACUGGAGGAGGUAACGGAUCAUAAGCCACACGGACGAUAUGGCCAUGCAGCGGAUCGCGUGCCCGGCGGCUUCGUUAUCUACGGUGGCAAGCAUGACAAUGGUAGUUUUUACAGUGAUCUCUGGCAGUACAACAACACGGAGAGUGGUGGCAAGUGGAAGCAGAUGGCCAUUAGAUCGAAGGUUAAGCCGCCGGCCUUGGCUAGGCAUACGCUAAAUACUGCAGGAUCUAAUCUCUAUAUAUUUGGCGGCAGUCUGGAGACGGGUGAGUUCUCAUCCAGCGUAUAUCGCAUUCCACUUCCCCUCUCCGAGGAUUCACAAUGGGAGCUGGUGCAACCUAGAGGAGGAAAGACGUUAGACGUUCGUCUGGCAGCGCAUUCCACCGUCCACUACAAAGCCACAAAUUCGCUAAUUGUGUUUGGUGGAAUCAUGACAAGCUUAGCACGCUUCUCGAAGCUCUCGGAUCGCAUUUACGCUUUUCAGCUGGAUCAGAUGCAUUGGACGGAGAUUUUAUACCCGAGAACAGCGCUUAGGGACACCAAUAUACCCAGGGAGCGAGCAUUCCACACGGCCACCAUAUCGGGCAAUUACAUGGUAGUAUUCGGGGGCUAUACGCACCGCCACAACAAGGAUGAGAUUUGCUACGACAACCAGAUGUACUGGUACCAUCUAAGCUGCCACAUUUGGAUUAAUCAGGUUGUGUCCGCCGAGGAUAGCCUGUAUCCGAAACCACAGGGCGUUUUUGCCCACGCCGCGGCUUUGCGCCGAAAUCACACACUUUUGAUUGUGGGUGGCUACCAUGGAAAUGUUAAUGCAGAUCUUUUUGCCUAUGAAUUGCCCCAGGUGCUGAGGGUGGAGAAUACUCUUUACAAUCCGGAGAUCUCUUGCAGAUUGCAUGCCUCACACACCGCUUGUCUUUCGAAUCCGGAAUGUGGAUGGUGCUCGGCAGAUAGUAGUUGCUACGGUCGCACCAUCGGCGCCAAUUGCACAACCAAUCUUCAGACGACCAGAUGCCCAGGGAUAUGUCCCUCUCUAGGCGAUUGCCACUCUUGUUUAGUCCAUGGCUCGCAAUGGGGAAAAUCAUCCGGAAAUAAAGUAGCUUUUUCGGUGGCCAGCAAACUUGGAUUAAACGAAUGCACAUGGUGUGUCCAAAAUGCAAAAUGCCACCACCGGGAUGACAACUACGGGAUUUGCGGAGAUAGUUCAGGCUGGUGGGGUGACAAAGGCACAGAGAUUCGGCGACCCUCGCUAUGCACAAGUACUGACAGACGCCCGGGACUUACGUACAUCAAGUACCACUUUCCGAUCAACUAUACCAUGCCGGAUUACGUGGGUAUUGUGAAUGCCACUAUGGUGGAUUUUGCCUCACCGCCGUUUACCACAUAUUUUGAGCACAAACUCGAGGGAGAAAUGCUGGCCCGUUUGGUAGGAUUCGUGCGUCCGCAACAUAAGUGGAACAACUCGGCAAUCCAGGUGUGCACCAGCUACUCUUCGGCAGUUUUGCGUGUUGGCCUUGGUCUUUACCUUGAUGAGCUUGUCAAUGUCACCACGCAGAGCUCAAAUCAGAGCUACUGCAGCAACGUCCAGCUGCCCACCACAGAGCAACCAUUCACCAUUGAUUUCCAGGCUCGUCGAAGGAUUGGAGGGAACGGUAUUUACAACGCCUAUCAAAAGACCAAAAUGGAACUUCAACACUUGCAUAACGGCCAAUUAAACGCAUUUACAUUUGAGUACUUGGAGCCGUACUACUCCGGCAAAUGCACCCAGUAUUCUAACUGCCUCCACUGUCUCACGGAUGCUUCCUGUGCCUGGUGUCCCCUAACCAGCGUCUGCCACCUGCGAUCCGUGAACGAGACUGAAGUGUGCAAAAAAGAGGAUCUGAAAACCUACCAUUGGUCUUACCUGAUCAGCCAACCUAGUCAAUGUUCGAACUGCACAAACUAUGUAAGCUGCGAGGCCUGCGCCCAGAGUGGAGAGUGCGAGUGGUGGACGGAGGACGCCCGUUGCGGCAGGAUCGGCAAAUCCAACAGCAGCGUGCGGGCGGUAGAGCAUUGCCCCAGGUCCUGCAGGGAACGCCAUGGCUGCCAGGAGUGCCUCGGCGAGAGAGGACGAUGCGUUUGGUGCGAGGCCAGCUCCCAGUGCUUCAGUUUCUCCGUGUACACAAGUGAGUAUCAGUUUGGAAUGUGCCGCGAAUGGAUGGACCAGGUAGUAAGUCGCCAGCCGCACGAGCUGGCCGAUCAGAAGCACCACCAGCCGCCGCAUCUACUACAGCAGCAGUGCAAGUCCUGCGAGCAGCAUCGAAACUGUUCCUCUUGUCUGCGAACUUUGAGCUGCGGUUGGUGCUUCGAUCGCGACAAUCCCAUCGAAGGUAUUUGCAUGCAGGGCGAUUUCAGCUACAGUGCUGGCAAUUGCUCUCUGGCUUUGAAUAGUUCUUCCCAUCAUGAUGCGGAGUGGGCGUACGCGCAGUGUCCGGAUGUCGAUGAGUGUGGACUGGGCCUCCAUGAUUGCCACAAGGAGGCGAAGUGCACUAACACCCAGGGCAGCUAUAAUUGCCACUGCAGAAGAGGCUAUAUAGGCGACGGCAAGUUUAGCUGUGUCAGGACGUGUUAUGAGUUGUGCCAAAAUGGAAACUGCUCGGGUCCUCCCGAUUACACCUGUCGCUGUGCUUUGGGCUGGACCGGAGCCGAUUGUGGACUAAGUUGUGGCUGUAACAAUCAUUCGACUUGCAAUGAGAGACUGGGGAAAUGUGAUCAGUGCCAGGAUUGGUCGGAAGGUGAGAAAUGCGAACGAUGUCGACAGGGGAGCUAUGGGAACGCCACCGCUCCACACGGGUGCCUUCCGUGCGAGUGUAACGGUCACGGACACCAAGAUCUUGGCAUCUGUAAUGUCAGCAACGGAGAAUGCUACUGCAAGGACAACACCCAGGGAAUCAACUGUGACUUGUGUGCUCCCGGGUAUUACGGAGAUCCUAGAGCCGGCGGAAAGUGCUACUAUCAAUGUGAGUCCAGAGGAAUACUAACCAAUAUUGGAACGAGUGCCAUUGGCUCAUAUCAGUCCUAUCGAUCACCCUGGGGCGCCAGCCUAGAAGUAAAGGAGUGCUUGUGGAUACUGCAACCGAAGACACAACAGGCGGAGAAGUCGCUUCUUCAGCUGGAGUUUCAGUGGCAGAGUCUGGCCAUGGAUUGUGAUGAGAAUGCCGUGUAUAUAUACGAUAGUCUGCCGGAUCUGACAGGUGCCACCCAGCAGAAUCAACUGCUGGCCGUGGUUUGUGCACCCUACAGUUCAGCCAGGAUUAUCGAAGCCCGUUCCAGUCACGUCACGGUUCACUAUAAACAGGGCAGUGAAAGACGACACUUUGGAUUCAAUGCCCUCUACUCCGUUAUGAAUUGCGUGGCCGGAAGUUGUCUACCCCCUCACAUCUGCGAUGCCCAACAACGUUGCGUUUGUCCAGCCGGAUAUGUGGGCGCAAGUUGCGAGAUUGAAAUCUGUCCGAGCAACUGUAACGCCAAGAGAAUGCAGGGAUUCUGCGACACAGAGUACGGCAGGUGCAUCUGCAGUAACGCCAAUUAUGCGGGGGCGGAUUGCGGUACGUUAGUUCAGCGGAACCACCUGGUAAUAACGGAGCUAUUCAAUACGCAAUUGCUAAGCGAAAGUCUGGAGCAUCUUAGAAAAACGAUACCACGAUUUGGACACUCGGUGAACGCGGAUCGCAGGGGAUCCCUUUGGAUGUUUGGUGGGUAUUCACCCAACCACGGACCUCUUAACGAUUUUCGGCAGUUCGACACAAAGAAUAGCACCUGGCUGCAGGUCACAGUGGAGUCGUCGACCCCAGAGGAUCGCAUGCCCCUUGGGCGGUAUUUCCAUGCCUCUGAGAUCUUCGUGAAAAAACAGAUUAUCUACAUAUAUGGAGGAAUCGGUGCAAAUUCGCAGCUGCUAAAUGACUUUUGGAUGUUUUCGAUACAAAACCAACGAUGGAGUCAGAUCAAAGUGGAGGUGGAACCAAGCGGAGCGGACUACCAGGUGGAUUUGCCGCCGCCUCUAGCCGGUCAUACGCUUACUCAUCUGCGCUAUCAGGAACACGAGUCGUUGAUUCUGCUUGGCGGAUUGACACUAAACAAAUCCCGGCCUCUCGAACUGUGGGAGUUCAACCUUGACACGGGUCGAUGGCAGCAGCUAGCAGCCGUGGGUGCCAGAAUGCCAGUUCUCUAUGGCCAUACUUCUGUCUACCAUCCCGAGACAAACAGUGUUUACUUGUUUGGAGGAUAUUCCACGGAACCACAGAGCAAUCUUUAUGCGCUGGACUUGCAGAAGCUGAGCUGGACUGAACUUCCCAGUUUCAGGGAACUUAACUCGCCCGCCGCGAUGCUACCCAGGGCUCGUUAUUUCCACUCGGCCGUCAGCACUGAGCACUACAUGAUCCUUUACGGUGGACGUACGCAGCCAUUUAAUGGAACAGAUGUCCUCAUUGCCUACGUGUACGCCUGUAAUCAAUGGGUGCGGCUGACAGAGGAUGUUGAGCUUAUAGGACGUGUUCCAGCCUCUAGUUAUGCAGAGGACAUGGCCAUCGAUCCGGAUACGGGUGUCAUUUUUGUCAUCGGUGGAUGGGACGGCAGUUCCACACACAGCCACGUGACCAAGAUAACUUUACCGGAUGACAUUUGCCAGCUGUGGAGUAACGGAAAGUAUCAAUGCCGGCACUACAUGGGAUGCAGCUAUUGUACGAUUCAGAACACGUAUAGUUACAGUAGUCACUGCUUCAGUCAUGGACGUACUCCUUGUGCCAAUCACAACGGAACUUUGGUGGUCAAUAACGGAGCUGCAUGCGAUGACGACUGGAUGGCGAGCAGGAACUGCUCGAGUUUCGCCACCUGUGGCGCAUGUCUGGCAGCGUGGCCAACCCAUCAAGAAGUGGCACCCGUCUGCCAGUGGUGCGAUGAGUGCGGCAUUCGCGGAAGGUGCGUCCCUGCCGGGGUGGACUGCGGUUGGAGGAGCGCCUGGUGCAAUAAGGAACUGAGUGUGGGCGUUCUGGGGCUAUGUCCCCUACCUCAAUGUUACCAAUUAAGCUGUGAGAGUUGUAUGCUUCAGCCGCAAUGCAACUGGGCCAGGAAUGAACUGGGCACUGUGGAAUGUAUAGCCAAGGAGCUGGUGGAAAAGAAUCAAUACAGGUUGGUCGAAAGCUGUCCCCUACCCUGCCACACUCACGAGAACUGCAGCUUGUGUCUGAGCCAAACGCCCGCUCAGGAUCGCCAGGAGUGCAAGUGGUCUACUAAACUGAAUUUGUGCCUGACGCCCAGUUCCCAGCCGCUGCUUUGCGCGGGAGGUGUUUGUGGGUUGGUACUGGAAGCUAGCGAGUUAGAACGCUGCCCAGAACCCUGUCACGUUUACACACAAUGUUCGAGCUGCUUGGAGCACGCCCACUGCGGGUGGUGUGCCCGCGAGGGACACAAUGGAGAUGGCAUCUGUACGGAGGGAGCAUUGGAGCACAAGCAGGAACAUCCUUCACGAUCCACUUGCGACCUAAUAUAUGCCAGCUGGCGAAAUGAUUCACACCUAACACAUGCUGAUGUUGUGUCCUGGCACUAUGUGCAGUGUCCGGCAGAGAAUGAGUGUGUUAAUGGUCAUCACAACUGCGACGCGGUUUCUGAACAGUGUAUUGACUUGGACACAGCGGUGGGCUACAAGUGCAUCUGCGCCCAGGGAUAUCGCGAGGAGCAAGGUGUCUGCAUGCCCGUAUGCAGCCAGGGAUGCGUCCGUGGCAAUUGCGUGAGUCCCGAUCAGUGUCAGUGCGACUUUGGCUACGUGGGCGCCAAUUGCAGCAUCCAGUGUUUGUGCAAUGGUCAUUCCAACUGCGAGUCCAGCAGCCGACUAGACAUUUGCUUAAAGUGUCACAACAACACGAUGGGAGAGCAGUGCGAGAAGUGUCAGCCGCUCUUUGUGGGCAAUCCCCGAGAAGGUCAUGCUUGUCAACCAUGCUUGGACUAUUGCCAUGGGCACAGUGACGUGUGUGUGGCCUAUGAUUCGGAUCCGGCGGUGUUUAAUAUGACCCGUUCUGAGCUGGAAAGGAUUCUACCGGAAGGGCCCGCGUACAAUGCUACCUGCUUGAGAUGUGGCAAUCACACGGAUGGAGACCGCUGUGAUAGCUGUUUAACUGGCUACUUCCGCGGCAGCGAGGAUCUACGCAAGGAGUGCCGGCCCUGCCAGUGUCAUGGACAUGGUAACAUUUGCGAUGCCGUUACCGGCGAGAAAUGCAAUUGCGCCAACAACACGGAAAGCGAUGCCACUUGUACCGCGGGUGGCGGGAAGAACUCUGCGCAGCUCUGCUGGAUGGUGCAGUGCUCCAAGUGCCGCGAUUCGUACGCCGGCAACCCCACAGAUGGUCACCAGUGCUACAAGCAAAUAACCGUCGAGUCCCGAAUGUGCUUUGAUGCCAAACCCAUUGAGGAAUGCAAAUCAAAGCCAGCUGCCCUAAAGCCCGGCCAGACGGUGUUCUUUGUGAUCCAGCCUCGAUUUAUGAACGUGGAUAUUCGCAUUAUUAUUGACGUGACACAAGGCGAAUUGGAUGUGUUCAUGUCGCCCCAGGACGACUCCUUUAUAGUCGAGACAAAUGAGACGACCGGCUACCACGAGAUCUUCCUUGACAACCGUUACAAUUGGGGGCCGAAAAUAAAGCGCGAGCAUCCCCUAAAUGUUGCUUUGCCCAGACACGAUAACGUAACGAUCCAAAAACUAUUUUCACCCGAGCGUCGCAUAGGAGGCGGUGGCCUAGGAGGAGGUGGAGGAGAGAGAAUAGGAGCCAACACCUAUUAUGUGCCCCAGUUGCAGGACUGCAAAAGUCAUGGGGGCCACAACUUUAUAGUGAAGGAUCAGCACGCAAAAGAUUUGAGUACACAUGUAACGCUCAAUCACUGCAAUACAUUGUUACGUCUAUUUGGUCUGAAAAAUCGUUUGGUGCUAACCCUGCCCCAACAUGCUCACAAUCUGAGUGCCACCCGCUUCUUUAUUGCUUUGCGAGCGAGCUCCGGACCAGAACCCAGUUACGGAUCCGUUGUGUUCCGUCAGGAUCAACUGCAUAUUGACCUGUUUGUGUUCUUCUCAGUGUUCUUCUCCUGCUUUUUCCUCUUCCUCGCCGUCUGCGUGAUUGUGUGGAAGGUGAAGCAAGCGGCGGACCUGAGACGAGCUAGGAGACAGCAUGUUGUGGAGAUGUUGCACCUGGCCAAGCGUCCGUUCGCCCAGAUCUUCCUGGCAUCGGGCAGCCUUGAUGUGGAUAGUCCGCAGCCGACCUCCUCCUCCUCCUCGGCCCGUGCCAUGCGACAGCGUGCCCGGCAAGCGCUUCUCCUCCAGGAACAAUCCGCUGGCGACUCCCAGCCAGUUAUGCACCACUCGAGUCGUCGCCAAUGCUCGCGCAUCAUGAUGGUAGCCAUCGAGCCAACCUUUGACAACUUGGCGGCUGUGGGAACGGUGUUCAUUAGCUUGCCAGGUCGCUCUCGGGCACCAUUAAGCAUUGCCCUAGGUUCUACUCUCAUUUCCUAUUCUCGGCAAUAUCCCCUGAAUGGUCGCCAUUUUAUGCGCGCUCAAAGGGGUCAAAAUGUUGCGCAUCAUCCGGCUUAAAAAGGAAUCUCUACAGCACGAACAAACUAGUUGUUAGUCAAUGUCUAAAAGCCGAACCCACUUUAGUAUCUGUGCAUGUAUGUAUGUGUGAAGUACAUAGAGACAUUCUUUUAGAUAUCGGUGUAUAUGAAUAGAAAUUAGUGUAGGUAAUUUUUGUACAUAACGUUUAGAUAACGCAAAUAAUUAUUACUAUGUGUACAUAAAUAUGCAACAAAAAUUGUGUUAAACGAUAUCUUGUGCUCGCACAAAGCAUCUAUAUUUAUAAUUCAUACUUAUGAAAAGAUAAACAUACAGGAAAUGGAUAAAUGUUAAAUUUUAAGCACUAUUAUAAAGGAAUAUUGGGUCUCGAAUAUGCAACAGGAUACAGAAAAGCAUUCACAUAUUUUAAACACAGAACAAAUUUUCGGACUGAUUUAUAUGAAAUUUCAUUUGGCUAAUACGUAGUUUAAAGAUAAUUUAUUAUAACUAAAAAUGUAACGAUCUGAAAAGUUACCAAGUGAAAAGUAAUGGAACUUAAUGGUACACAUACAGCAGAGGGAAUUUGAUACACAGUAAAGUACUUUUAAGAAUGUCAAUUUUUUCGCAAAACGGAAUGACGCACAAGAACAGGUAGAAGCCAUAUGAAAAACAAAGAAAUCAAGAUAUACGUAUUAUAGAAUACUGAAAGUGUCAUAGCAAUUAGACAUUUAUAAUUCCGAACUAAAGUGGAUGUCAUUCUCUUUCGCUCAAAUAGGUUUCUUUUAGAUAUACGAUAUAAUUUUUUAUUCUCGCGUACCUAGUAUAUAUUUAUGAAGUAUUAUGAUAUUCCUUCCCUGUUGGUGGCUAGCAUUUGCUCAAUUAGUUCUUUAGCUCUCUACUGCGCACUCUUACGCACCGGUGUACCUACUAUUUUAAGAACAAGAAACUAUUUUUAUGUACAAUCCAGUUUUUUACACACUUGUUAUGUUUACACAAAAGCUCACAGACACAAACACGGCUGGAAAUAUUUCAAUGAUUUCUAAGAUAAAUUAUUUCGAAAAUUAUCCAGCUACACAUCACAAAAGAACAAAAUCCUACAGAAUCUUUCCUAACACGUAACACUAAUCGCAGAAAGCAAAAGGUUGUAAAGAUUCUUACUACAUCGUUUUAGUUUAGAAUUCCCUCCUUACAUGUGGUACUAUUUUUGUAUAUUUGAGUUAACAAAAUUAGCUAAAUUUUUAGAACUGAUGUAUAUUUAAAACAAUUAUAAAAAAAUCGUCCCAUUUUGCAAUAUAUUUAUACAUUUUAUUUUAUAUUAUUUGUAAUUGUUUUUUGCAAUAAAAGUAAACCUAUGGUAUAUAAAGUUUAUAAA